AUGGAAGAAUCUAAUAUGCACGAGAUACCAGCCGUUGACUCUGAGCGUACCCAUCAAGACUCCACAGCGAAGAUACCAGGUUUCGCCUCCGCCAGUGGAGGCACUUUUAAUAACGUACAUAUUGAGCAAGCACCCGUUACAUCACCUACUGUCAGCGCCGCAUCGAUCUAUCACUCAACGUCUCCUGGCGUUCAUCCGAACCUCAAUUUAGCUCAAUCCUCUACUUCUAUAGGCUCGCCAUCCGAGGCCAUGAUUGGGAUAGGGCCCCAUCAAGCCGAGUUAAUGAUGGCGCCAAGAAAGAUAUCUGGACCGACAGACAAAACUGGACAAUCCGGCUUUGGCUCUUCUACCGAGCCUGUCUAA